AUGACGACUUACGCAUUAUCUGAUCUCAAAUAUAUAAGACCUUCUACAUUACGGACAUGGUUCCGCGGGGGAUCAUCACCUCAUGGUUCAGGAAAAUUCGCCAUUAUCGACGUUAGAGACGACGAUUAUGUAGGAGGACAUAUAAAGGGAAGUUGUAACUAUCCUGCUACAAAUUUCAUUAGUUUGUUGCCAAGUUUACGAAAAAGUUUGUAUGAGAAAAAAGUCGAUGAUGUGGUGUUUCAUUGUAUGUUAUCACAAGCCAGGGGUCCUUCAUCAGCUCUUAAGUUUUUGAGAUCGUUGAAUACUAUUGAUGAUCCAGAAUUGCAAGAGUUUUUCAAGAAUGUGCAUGUGUAUGUUUUGAAAGGUGGGUUUCAACGCUGGGCACGAGAAUAUGGGGAAGAUUCAAGUGUAACUGAAGAUUUUGCCGCAGAUCUUUGGAAUUAUUAG